UGCAAUUGCAGACUGCUGACCGCUAACAACGUCCGAUGAUGCAGAUCAUGUGCCACCGAAGGUCGGAUUGUUUGAUUUCCAAGACACUUCAUCUGGGUCCUUUCAAUGUGGAGAAUCAGUCACAUAAAUACGUCUAUGUAUCGAUUUUACAAGCAUGUUUUCAUCAAAUCCCUGAACAUCGAAUAGUGCCAUGUUUGACGUUAGUCCUCAACAAAAUCAUCGGACUGUGGCUUGUUUUGAACGUAGUUUUUGCUCAGCUCCUGCAGCUGCUCAAGAUUCUAUGGAGACGGAAUGCGGAGGGCGUGAAUUCAGCUUCCAUCCUGCUGCAACUUUACGCCUCGUCUGGACCUGUCCUGUUCGCCAUGACCCACAACUUCCCUCUUCUUGCCUGGGGUGAGAGGCUUUUCUUGACCAUCCAGACCACAAUGAUUCUCUUCCUCAUCCUGCAUUAUCGGGGAGACACUUUUAGAGGUAUUUUGUUUGUGUUGGCUUAUGGUGGUUUAAUAGUCCUCAUGGGAUCUUAUGCACCUGCGCAAGUUAUCUCGGCAAUGCAGUCUUCCAGUUUGGCAGCAAUAAUUGCAAGCAAGAUUCUUCAGGCAGGAACUAACUAUAGGAAUGGCCACACGGGUCAGCUGUCAUCUGCGUCUGUAUUGUUAUCCUGUGCAGCCUCCUUGGGUCUCAUCUUUGUUUCACUGCAGGACACGGGGAAGUCUCUUGCCACAGCUAGCUACCUCAUGUCGGCCUGCUUCAGCUGCAUCUUGCUGGCUCAGGUCCUUUGCUAUGGGAACAAUACUGACGGUGCAAAAAAAGAAAAUUAAGUAAAAACAGAGGACAGAAAAAAACAGACUGGGUUUUGAUGCUUGAAUGAACAACAUGUAUGUGUGACUUACAGAUUUCCAUGAUGAGCUGCUAUUUAUAAUGAACAUUAAAGGUACACUGUGUUGAA